AUGGCGGUGACGACAGAAGAGGAGGGUACAGCUUGUGGGUGGCUGGGGCAGAGCUGGAAACAGGAGUCAGGUGUGACAUCAACAGGACAGGAGGAGGGAGGCUGUGCCUCCGUGGCAGUAGGGACGGAAGUGGAUGGGGGAGGGGAGCUGACCAACCCCGGAACGACUGGAGCUGAGGACAAAGGAAUUAGAUAUGGUGGGCUGGGAGGAAGAGCCGGAUACAGGAGGGGCAAGACGGGAGUGAGUGAUAGUUGCUUCAGGAAUCUUGCAGAAGAUCGCAGUGGGAUAAAUCUCAAAGAUCUCGUACAAGAUCCUUCUUUGUUGGGUGGGACUAUAUCAGCAUACAAGAUAGUACCAGAUGAAAUAGAAGAAAUCAAGGAAACCCUGAUAGAUUGGUGUGAUGAAAAGGAACUUAAUUUGAUAUUAACAACUGGAGGUACAGGGUUUGCACCACGAGAUGUCACUCCAGAGAAAUUCCCAACAUUCCCAUUUUGUGGGCUCCAGAAAGGGGCCACAAAAGAAGUAAUAGAACGGGAAGCGCCAGGGAUGGCCCUGGCAAUGCUGAUGGGAUCACUAAAUGUUACACCUCUGGGCAUGCUCUCUAGGCCUGUAUGUGGAAUCAGAGGGAAAACUCUCAUCAUUAAUCUUCCAGGUAGCAAGAAAGGAUCUCAGGAAUGCUUUCAGUUUAUACUGCCAGCUCUACCUCAUGCCAUUGACCUUUUACGCGAUGCCAUUGUAAAAGUAAAGGAGGUGCAUGAUGAACUUGAAGAUUUGCCUUCCCCACCACCUCCUCUUUCCCCUCCUCCCACAACCAGCCCCCAUAAACAGACAGAAGACAAAGGGGUUCAAUGUGAGGAAGAGGAAGAAGAGAAGAAAGACAGUGGUGUUGCCUCAACAGAAGAUAGUUCCUCAUCACAUAUAACUGCAGCAGCCAUUGCUGCCAAGAAGCAUCCAUUCUACACCAGUCCUGCUGUUAUCAUGGCACACGGUGAGCAGCCCAUCCCUGGUCUCAUCAAUUAUUCCCAUCAUUCAACAGGCAGUGCAGAUGAACGGGUAAGACAAGAAGCUUUUGCAUUAAUGAAUUUGCAAACAUGCAUCCCACUUCCUCUCCUUAGAGACAGGCUGUAA